UGGUGAUAUAUGGGGAGGUGACAAGACAGACAGGGAGCCGGAAGGAAAAGUGUAGAAGACAUGGAAGCCAGCGGCUGUGAUAUCCACCUGGUGUCCUCCACCGAUUCUCCCGAGUUCGGUCGGUUAAAAUGGGCAGUAAGUCAUUCCUCCAUCAUCGGACUGGACGCCGAAUGGAAGCCCGUCCGAGUUCACCAGGCCACUUUUCCUCCCGUUUUGCUUCUCCAGAUGGCCUGCCGACUACUCAACCAAGAAGACUCCCCCCUUGUUGUUUUCCUACUCGACCUUUCACAGCUUCCUCUGCCCGAUAUACACCACCUACUCACUCACGUAUUCCUCUCUCCUAAUAUUCUUAAGCUAGGGUUUCGAUUUAAACAGGACCUGCUUUACCUCUCCUCUACUUUUCGUUCCCAUUCUGGUGGUGGUGGUGGUUUCAAUAGGGUGGAGCCGUAUUUGGAUAUUGCAAGCAUAUACAGUAGUCAUCUACACCACCACAAGCAAACCAGAAAAAAGACAAACAGCCUUUCAUCCAUAUGCCAGGAACUUCUAGGCAUCUCUCUUUCAAAGGAACUUCAAUGCAGCGAUUGGUCUCUACGUCCUCUUACACAACACCAAAUUACUUACGCCGCUUUAGACGCUCUUUGUUUGAUUCACAUUUUUCAUGUUUUUCAGCAAAGACUUCUCAAACAAGGAACCAUUCAAAGCCUCACUGAAGUUGAGUAUUCAGAUCUAAAUCUUGGGUUAAGGCAAAUUCUUCGGGAACCUGAUAAUUCUAGUAGAAUAUUGAGGACCACAUAUUGUGAAGCUGUAGAGAUGGUGAGAGCUACUAUGCUUGAAUACCCUCGAAGGCAACUGGAAGCAAGUUUGAAGAAAUCAAGUUGGGAUAGCAGCAGCAUACCCCCCAUGGAUUAUACGCUCUUGCAGAUUGUAAGACAAUAUGGUGAUAAAUUAAUUUUAACGGAAUCAGACGGAAAGCCUAGAACAUCAAAAAAGAAAGGAAAAAGGAAAUCCUCUACUGGGUUUACAUGCAAAGAAAAACAAGUUGAUACUAUUGAUGACUGGCAAGGCCCACCACCAUGGGACUCUUUGUUGGGUGGUGAUGGAUGCCCUAAGUUUCUCUGUGAUGUCAUGGUGGAAGGAUUGGCAAAACAUUUAAGGUGUGUUGGAAUUGAUGCUGCUGUUCCCUAUUCUAAAAAGCCGGAAACUAGGGAGUUAAUAGAUCAGGCUAUUAAAGAGAAGAGGGUUAUUCUGACCAGAGAUGCCAAGCUAUUGAGACAUGAAUAUCUGUUAAGAAAUCAGAUUUAUAGGGUCAGGAGCCUUCUAAAAAAUGACCAGCUACUUGAGGUGAUUGAAACUUUCGAGUUGAAAAUAUGUGAGGAUCAACUGAUGUCAAGGUGCACAAAGUGCAAUGGCAAAUUCAUCCAGAAACCAUUGUCAAUUGAAGAGGCCCUUGAAGCAGCAAAGGGAUUUCAAGUUAUCCCCAACUGUUUAUUCGACAGGAAUAUUGAGUUCUGGCAAUGCAUAGACUGCAAUCAACUUUACUGGGAGGGAACACAAUAUCACAAUGCAGUCCAAAAGUUCAUUGAUGUCUGUAAGAUUACCUCAACUGACUGAACUGGAAGCUUAGGCUAAAUCUUUUCUUUGUUGUUUUACUUGAGUAGAUGCGGCUCAACGACACACAAAGCACAUCAUUUCAAUUUUGUAAAAAAAAUUGUUUCAUUUCAUAUGAUAAUGUCACUCCGUACAAGUUCCUUCGAUAAUAUAUGCAUUCUAAGAGUUGAUCAAA